AUGAUACAAAAUCAAUCUACUCCACAUAGUGAAAUAAAUUUUGAACAUCAAUCGACGUUAGUAUCAGACGCAAAUGAAAACACAAUACCUACAAAAAAUAUAAACGAUCAGGAAGCCCAGACUGUCGAAAAUGAUGCCUCCAUAUUACAUGGGAUUGAAUUAUUUUUGGUUACUUUUGGUUUAGGAUGUGCUAUGUUUGUAGCCGCGUUAGAUCAAACAAUCGUUGCCACUGCUAUGCCUAAAAUAGGUUCCGAUUUUAAUGGAUUGGAUCAAGUAGCAUGGAUCGCAACCUCUUAUCUACUCACAGUGACUUCCUUUCAACCAAUUUAUGGAAAAUUAUCUGAUAUUUUUGGUCGUAAAGUAACUUUUUUAUUUGCAAUUACUAUCUUUGAAUUGGGCAGUUUGUUAUGUGGUCUUUCUGCCAAUAUGGUUUCAAUGAUAAUAUUCCGUGCCAUCGCUGGUAUUGGAGGCGGUGGUAUCGUUGCACUUGUCAUGAUUAUUGUUUCAGAAAUUGUCAGUACUAAAGAUCGAGGAAAAUAUCAGGGUAUUAUCGGCAUGUGCUAUGGUAUUGCUUCUAUAGUUGGUCCGCUCCUGGGUGGUGCCUUUACUGAUCACGUUAGUUGGAGAUGGUGUUUUUUCAUAAAUCUUCCUCUAGGUGUAAUAACAAUACUGGCUGUUUGUUUUUUUCUUCGCAUGGAAAUAUCAACUAGUUCAUUACUUGGCAAACUUAAGAGAAUCGAUUUUAUGGGCAUUAUUAUGAUGAUUGUAUCAACUGUUUGUAUCUUAUUACCUCUUAAUUGGGGAGGUAGUACUUAUGCUUGGAAUAAUCCUGUGAUUAUAGUGCUUCUAUGUGUCGGCGCUGUUGGUUACAUAAUAUUCGGUCUUGUCGAAAGUUACGUCGUUUUUGAACCUAUUACUCCACCCAUACAAUCUGGAUUAGAACUCAUUCCUUAUCUUCUUAGUGUAGUAAUAUUCUUAUUCCUAACCGGUCAAUUGUUCUCUUUAACUGAUAAAAUAUCAUAUCAAUGUGUAACUUUAUUAGCUUCGGCAUUGGCAAUAAUCAGUGGCGGUUUAACCACUAUGUGGAAGGAAGACACGGGUUAUGGUGAAUUAAUAGGAUUUAUGAUAAUAAGUGGUGCUGGAGUUGGUACAAGUUUUCAAACUGUUACAUUAUGCAUUCAAGGAUUGGUCGAGAAUAAAGAUUUAGCUUCUGUUACUGCAUUAUUAUUAUUCUUUAGAAGUAUUGGAGGUAUUUUUGGAAUUGCAGUAUCAGAAACAGUAUUUAAUAAUAAACUUUUACAAGAAUUAAGUACCAUAACAUUACCUUCAUAUUUUUCAACGCAAUCUGCAUAUACUAUACAACUAUUACCACCUGAUACAAAGUCUUUUGUUAUUCAAGCUUAUGUAUCAGGAUUUCAAUUCAUUUUUUAUUUUGUUAUACUUUAUAGUGCAUUAAUGUUUAUUUCUUCUCUGCUUAUGGGUAAUAGUAAACCUAAAUAUGAUGAUAGUAAUGUUAGUAAUGAAAAAAUUGCUGCAUUUGAAUAG